AUGCCUAGCCUCUGGGACCGCUUCUCGUCGUCGUCCUUCUCUUCUUCGCCCCCGUCCUUGUCUCGGACUCCAACCUCAGACCGGCCGCCGCGCUCCGCCUGGGGGUCGGCAGCCCGAGAGGAGGGGCUCGGCCGCUGCGCGAGCCUGGAGAGCUCGGACUGCGAGUCCCUGGACAGCAGCAACAGUGGCUUCGGGCCGGAGGAAGAUUCGGCAUAUCUGGAUGGGGUGUCCCUGCCCGACUUCGAACUGCUCAGCGACCCAGAGGACGAGCACCUGUGUGCCAACCUGAUGCAGCUGCUGCAGGAGAGCCUGGCCCAGGCGCGGCUCGGCUCGCGGCGGCCCGCGCGCCUGUUGAUGCCGGGCCAGCUGGUGAGCCAGGUGGGCAAGGAACUCCUGCGCUUGGCAUACAGCGAGCCGUGCGGCCUGCGGGGGGCGCUGCUGGACGUCUGUGUAGAGCAGGGCAAGUGCUGCCACAGCGUGGCCCAGCUGGCCCUCGACCCCAGCCUGGUGCCCACCUUCCAGCUGACCCUCGUGCUGCGCCUGGACUCACGCCUCUGGCCCAAGAUCCAAGGGCUCUUCAGCUCUGCCAACUCUUCCUUCGUCCCUGGCUUCAGCCAGUCUCUGACGCUGAGCACCGGCUUCCGGGUCAUUAAGAAGAAGCUGUACAGCUCGGAGCAGCUGCUCAUUGAGGAGUGUUGA